AAGCACUCGCCAGAGUAGAGAGAUAUGGUAUUGGUCAGACACGGCAUCAACAUAGACUGGUUGGACGCUUCAGAAGUGGUUUGACGCCGUACAAGAUAUAGCUGGAAUGCUCAAACUCCCUUAUAUUCGGGUAUUCGUAAAAGCCUUAUAUGCUUAGAUCCUAUUCAAACGGUCAUAGACAACAAAACAAGCCAUGCUACCCUGCAAAAACUCAUAAAUACGCCAGAGAAGCGACUUCACACCGGGAUUGCCCCGUGUCUGCCAACCGAGAGCCGGUUGCAAUCGCAGGUAUCGAGUACCUUCCGCCGCCAAAUGCCCAAUAAUGUACAUAUAAAACAACAAGCGCGGCAUCCACCAAGAGCGAUGGUGGGCACAAUCCAGUGAACGAGAAGCUCUUUGGCCGGCGCUCACAUAUCUAGGAUCACGAUGAGAAACAUUCGUGGGACUCUCUCGGGCGAUUUUCCCACCUACUCCGCGAUGAACCUUAUGUUUCCAACGCCAUAUCUUCAAGGUGUUCCGGCUCCCUGCUCAGAUGGCCCCGCACGCUCAGCCUUCUGCCGUUCGUACUCUUGCCUGGCACGGGCAUACUCCGCGCGUCUCUGGUCUUUCCGUUCAUAUUCGAGAACUUCAGGGCCGUUGUCCGAAGCCCAGAGUUCGAGAUAGUCCUCGGCCUGGAAGCCCUUCUCAACGCUGACGGUCUUUCCAUUUCUUUGUAUCUCCUUGAAGUAUUUGCUCUUCGUAGGCGGCAUAAGUUUCGUCACGAAUGGGGUAAGCUGUAUUUCAACUCGGAUCAGUCCCAAUUCAGCAAAAAUAAUGUCACAAAUCGGUAGCGGCAAGUAGCACACCUUGAAAUCAGCCAGAUUCUCAGGCACGUUGUAUGUGCGGACCUUCUUCCAGUCGAUAAUGUAUGAUCCGUUCUUUGCGAAAUAACCCAUCGAACCGGUUCUGUUUCCCUUGUAGUAGCCGCCAUUGACCUGUUUCGUUGUCAAGCGCAGGCGCGCCAUCAUCGGCUGUGUAGGUCUAACCAUCUUGAGAAAGCGAGAUGGCUAGAUAAAGUCUGUGAUCCUCCGUUGUCGUCCUCGUUGGCUUGCGGAGGAAGAGGUGGAAAGUCGCAGUUGGCUCGGCGUCGCAGCUCUCCGCCUUUGCCAAGACAUUUUUUUUUCUGCCGCGAUAAGAAAAAAUUACUGCACAACAGAAGCUGUCCGCAAGCUCUUGUCAUUUUCGAUUACUAGGGGCUCUUGCGUUCUCUUUUCGCUGCGCCUUUCUUAAUUGAUUUGGCGUCAAUAUGCCACGCAAGCAGACUCAGCAGCGCGGUCCUCGCGACGACGAUGCGUCUCAAAAGAAGAAGCAGACUGCAACAAAGAGGAGAUCCGGAAAGAUUCUGAACGCCCUCUCCAUCGCCGAGCGAGAAAAUCCACAGAGAUACAAGAUCCGAAGAAGUCGGCUAGGCGAUGACGCCGACUACUUCAAGCGCAAGCGGAAUGAAGACUCCGACGAGCCAGAUAACAAGCGCCGCCGGACGGGCGAUGAUUCCGACGACGACGGAGAAGAUUCGGGUGCGGGCAGCGAUGGAGAAGGUCCCCGGUGGAAGAUAGGAGUAGCCAGUGACAAUGAUAGCGAGCUGGAUAGUGAUGAGGCUAUGGGCUCGAGUGACGAAGAGAGGUUUGAGGGGUUCACUUUUCGGGGAAGCUCAACAUACAAAGACAAGCCGAAGCCAAAACCUCAAAAGCCGAAACGUGAGCCCGAGGUCAAUUUGUCUGAAGGUGAAGACGAGUCCGAUGCAGAUGAGGAUAUGGACGAGGACGAGGACGACCUUGGAGAGGACGCAAUCGAUCUGGUAGCCGCUUGGGAUAUGAACGUCGCGGAGGAGGAAGCGGAAGCCAAGAAAACAGCGGCCAAAUCGAAGAAGCGUGCUGAGAUCGAAGAUUCUGACGAAGACAUAUCCGGAAGCGAAGGAGACAGCGAAGAAGAUGAAAGCGAAUCCGACGAUGAGAACGAAGGAUCCGAGCUAUCAGUGAGCGACGACGAGGAAGGAAAUACCGACGGUCUUUCAAAACUACAAAGUUUCGUGGACUCUAUGACGACAACGGCUGCUUCCAAGGCUACGAAAAAGACGAAAAGCGGACAGGAGCAUCUCAACCCCACGGAGUUCGGAUUAACAGCUACGCGGAAACUUACUGUCGCGGACCUUCUCCCAUCCGUUACUGACUCACGCCUCAAGAACUCGCUCAAGCAUGUUGACACUGCAGUAUCCGCCCCAAAAACCACCUCAGGAAUUCCGGGAAAGCUGGAUGCACCCCUUGCCAAACGCCAACAGGGCCGUAUUGAACGCGCCGCAGCCUAUGAGAAGAGCAAAGAAACUCUUGGCCGUUGGCUUGAGACCGUUAAGGCCAACCGCAGGGCUGAGCACCUGGUGUUCCCCCUGCCAGAUCCCGAUGCACAAGUGUCUCACCGCAUUGGCGUGGUUGAGCCAAAGACUGACCUGGAGAGUACAAUUCAGAAUAUCUUGGUCGAGAGUGGUCUCGCCGACGCCCAGGGUAAAUCUGCUGAAGGCCAAGUCCAAGAAUUUGAGGAAUUACAAGCGCGCCAACUGCCUAUUGAGGAGAUUCGAGCCCGACGAGCCGAGCUGCGCAAACACCGUGACCUGAUGUUCCGCGAGGAAGUACGAGCUAAGCGGAUCAAGAAGAUCAAAAGCAAGUCCUACCGCCGUGUCCAUCGAAAAGAGCAAGAGAGAUUGGAGCAGAAAGAACGGCAAGCUCUUUUGGAGGCUGGCGUCGACCUGGAGGAGCAGGACCGAGAGGCCAAUGAGCGGCGGAGGGCCGAGGCUCGCAUGGGCUCCAAGCACAAGGAAAGCAAGUGGGCAAAGAGUCUGAAGCAAACCGGUCGAACAGCGUGGGACGAGGACGCUCGCCAUGGUGCUGUGGAGCUUGCGCAGCGGGAGGAGGAAUUACGACAGCGCAUUGAAGGCAAGCGUGUGACCAGGGGCGAGGAUGAGGACUACCUUGGGUCCAGCUCCGAGUCUGAGUCCGAGAACGAAAACCCAUGGGAGGAGCAGGAUUCCGAUUCCGAGAAGCGCAAGCUCCUCAAGAAGCUCAAUAAGCUUGAAGGAGCAGCUGAGGCGGACCAGGAGGCCAAGGGCCCCUAUGCUAAGCUGCUAUCCCUGAAGUUUAUGCAAAACGCUGACGCUGCCCGCAAAGAGGAAAACGACGCUGAGAUCCGCCGUCUAAACCGUGAGCUGCAAGGAGGCGAAGAAUCCCAGUCUGAGGCCGAGUCUGAGGUCGGCCGCAGGAAGUUUGGCCACUCCGACAAGAAGACUGAAAAGGACAAUUCUAAGAAGCAGACCACCCGCAAUGAGUUUGAGGAAGUGCCUGGGUCAGAUGAAGAGCCUGAACAUGAUGCCGAUCAACAGCUUGAGCCCAAGCCCAGCACCCCCAAGAAAACAUCGCAACCGAACAAGAAACCAAACGCCAAACCUCUCGCUCGUGCAAAUAAGGAAGUUCCGGCGCAGAACGAGUCGGAGGGCGAGGAGGAGAACCCUUGGCUUGUCCAAACGUCCGGAAAGAAUCGUCGCUCGAAAGCGGACGACUCCCAACAAACGGUUGACAUAACUCCAGUUGGCCCGGAGCCCACAAAAUCCAGCUCCAAGAAGACUGCCGCAGUCUCAAAAGCCAAGACGUCCACACCGCUGUUACGUGAUACCCAUGCCGAAUCCGACAGCGACGACGAGGCUAACGUGCCGGUGCUGCUCAAGAACCACGAUCUCGUGCAGAGAGCAUUCGCCGGUGACGAGGUUGUGCAGGCAUUCGAACAGGAGAAGCUCGACACCGUCAAAGAAGAGGGCGACCAAGUGAUCGAUGAGACACUUCCCGGCUGGGGCAGCUGGACAGGAGACGGUGUCAGCAAGAAGCAGAAAAAGCGCCAGAAGCGGGUCUUGACUACGGUCGAGGGCGUUAAGCCCGAACAGCGCAAGGACGCUAAACUUUCCCGUGUCAUCAUCAAUGAGAAACGCAUCAAAAAGAACAACAAGUAUCUCGCAACCCAACUCCCUCAUAUGUACGAAACGAAGCAACAGUACGAGAGGUCUCUCCGCAUCCCCAUCGGCCCCGAGUGGUCUACGAAGGAAUCUUUCAACGCAGCCACCAAGCCUCGCGUUAUUAUCAAGCAGGGUGUCAUCAAGCCGAUGGAGAAGCCCAUGGUUUAGCUGCGCUUCGGCUGCUGGUCAGUUGCUGGCAUGGAAUAAUGUAUAUAGACUAUUGUCAUCUUGGGGCUUUUGCAGACAUUUUGCUCAUAACGAGCCGGAGUUAUACUGUCUCGGAAAAAGUAGGAAUGAAGAAAUCCACCAGGAUAAAGGCUAUCCGUGUCAAAUGUAAGCGACGUUUGGUUUCCGCAACUUGUAAACUUGGUCCCAAGGAUGGCCUUGUAUACAUUCCUCAUUGGGUUCUUUUUUCAACG